AUGGCCUUCUUCAACUUAUAUCUAUUAGGAUAUCAAAAUUCCUUUCGGAACAAGAAAAGGGACACAACUGAAGAAACAUACCAGAAAGAACCACAGCCCACUAGGCUACCCCCUAUUAUCUCAGAAGAUGGGAAUCAUUCCGUGCACCAGAAUAGCCACACAAGGUACCAGGAAGCUGUACUGAAGGUGUUGUUAAAGACACUUCCCAAUCAGGUCUUCAGAGUCCCCCUGACUGAUGCUCAGAACUUCAGCCUCUGGCGGUCCCACAGUCCAGGAGUGCGUCCAGAGGAAACCACGCCAUGGAUCCGGGGCCCCUGCCACUGCCUCAUCAAAAGCCCAAUGACCAGGUUUAUGGAUCACUCUAUUCUCAAUGACAGAAACUCCAGUCUGUAUUGA